AUGCCCACCCCGCGACCAGCCCUUCUCUCCUCCAUCCGCUCCCUCAUCUCAGCAUUCACCUCCAAUGCCUCCACGCCCGCCAUCCUAGCACACUUCACUUCCUCUCCCGCACCCCUCGUACACGAACAUGGCUCCCCCCUCUUUCAGCCCUUUCUACCAUUCCUCGGCCGCGACUUCAUCGGUCUCCAAGCCGUAGGCGAAUACUUCGAUUUACUCGCGCAAUACCUCACCAUCAGCGACGCAUGCUUCGACGAUGAGGACGACUGGGUCGUUGACCCACAAAUCCUGACUGUGUGUCUUCGUGGCCACGCGCGAUUUACUUCCAAGGAGACGAAGGAGAGUUGGCUGGAAACCUUUGUGUGGCGCGUUGUCCUGUCCGAGGAUUUAACGGGGGAAAGUGAACCUGAUGCCGGGCAAGGGCUCAAGGUGCAAGAGUAUAGGGUUUGGGCUGAUACGGGAGCUGCGUUUUUGGCUUCUAGAGGAGAAUUAAAAGAUCUCGAAUCUGCGAAUCGGGGUAACGUGAGGAGGUCUGUUGCUGGAGCUCAUAAGGUGGAUGAAGUUUUGGGAGGGGAGGAUUAUCCAAUCAAGGACAAAUUGGGGGCUGGACUGUCUUUCGGUGGGAGUUCGGGGUGA